CAGAGGCUCUCCUGGACUCUCAGCUCUUCUUCAGAUUUCUACUGACUGCUGCAAACCUCACUAGAGCCAGGAUCUUGGCCGUGCAAGGUCAUGGGGACACCUGGGCUGUGCGCUCUGCAGCUACUGCUCCUGCUGGGCGCAGGGCGGGCGCGGGUGGACGCCGCUCGCUGCACCUACACCUUCGUGCUUCCCCAGCAGAAGUUCACCGGCGCCGUAUGCUGGAGCCGGCCCAACCCGGCUUCACCAGCGUCGGAGGCCGUCAACGCCAGCGAGGUGGCGGCGCUGCGCGUGCGCGUGGGUCAGCACGAGGCGCUGCUGCGCGAGCUGCGGAGCCAGACUGUGCAGGCGGGGGAGGUGCGCGCGGCCCGGCGGGGCCGGGGCGGGGCCGGGGCGGGGCCGGGGCCGUACCCGGGAACUAACUGUCCACGUGCUGGGGAGGCGCAGAAGGUGGCGGCGCGCUCGCAGCAGCUGGAGGGCAAGUUCCGAGAGCUGGAGCAGCUGGUGAGCCGGCAGAGCGGCGUCAUCGCCCGCCUGGAGCGCCUGUGCCCCGAGGCCAGCGACCGCCAGCAGCAGGUCCUGCCGCCGCCGCUGAGUCUUGUGAGCAGCACUAGUAACACCAGCAGGAGGCUGGACUUGGCUCCAGAGCCCCAGAGGGACCACACCUUGAGACCCCAGGGGCCUCUGGCCUCUCCCUUGUUUGCAGGACACCCUGCCAUCUCCACUAAGCCAGUGGGCCCGUGGAGGGACUGCACAGAGGCCCACGUGGCUGGCCACAGGCAGAGUGGAGUCUAUGAGCUGCAGCUGGGCCGGCGCGCCGUGUCUGCCUGGUGUGAGCAGCAGCUGGAGGGUGGAGGCUGGACUGUGAUCCAGCGGCGGCAAGAUGGCUCGGUGAACUUCUUCACCUCCUGGCAGCAGUACAAGGUGGGUUUUGGGCGGCCUGAUGGAGAAUACUGGCUGGGGCUGGAACCCGUGUAUCAGCUGACCAGCCGUGGGGACCAUGAGCUACUGGUCCUCUUAGAGGACUGGGGGGGCCGCAAGGCCCACGCCCACUAUGAUGGCUUCUCCCUGGAGCCCGAGAGUGACCACUACCGCCUGCGGCUAGGACAGUACCACGGGGACGCUGGAGACUCUCUUUCCUGGCACAAUGACAAGCCCUUCAGCACCGUGGAUAGGGACCGAGACUCUUAUUCUGGUAACUGUGCUUUGUACCAGCGUGGUGGCUGGUGGUACCAUGCGUGUGCCCACUCCAACCUCAAUGGUGUGUGGCACCAUGGCGGUCAUUACCGGAGCCGCUACCAGGACGGUGUGUACUGGGCUGAGUUCCGUGGUGGGGCAUACUCACUCAAGAAGGUUUCUAUGCUGAUCCGGCCACUGAGGCCAUGAUGCUCCCUGUCUCUGAGGUCUUAGGGGUUCCAGGAGCCCCCACUGCUAGUCUCUUAGGCCCAGACGACUCCCCAAGGGCAUUUAUAACUCUCUGUGAGCUUGUAUCUUAUAGAAACAAGAAGUACCCACAUACUA